ACAUUGCGGGACCAGCGACCGAAACAAACGCUUUGUUGUGGGACUGGCUUCUGAGACCAUUCUACACGAAAACCGCUGAGAUGUGAACGACAUUCAAGCUCUACAUCAACAAUGGCGCUAUCCACAAACUGCUGGAAAUAUCUAGUGCUGACUUUCAACGUGCUGUUUGCCAUGUCAGCACUAGUUCUUUUUGGCGCCAGCGGGUUUCUUUUAUACAGGCUGUUCAUCUUUCGCCACUUCAUUGGAGUGAGCGUGGAGUACCCGGCAAUUUUACUGCUGAUGACGGCCAUAAUCACCUGCUCAAUAGCCUGGAUUGGAUGGAGAACGGCUAAAACGAUGCAUCAGUUCCACGUUGUUAUGGCGGGUAUUCUCAUAGCAGUAGUGGUCAUAGUGGAGUUCUCCUGCUUCGUGUGGGCCAUGGUGGUGUGGGAGAACGUGGAGAUCGACAUCAAGACGACGAUGUCCGAGUACUUCGCCGAGACCGCUAGGAAUAAGGCGCCUAAUUCGCCCGACGCGAUACGAUGGGAUAAAUUGCAUGUUCAGAUGGAAUGCUGCGGCAUGACCGGCCCCGGAGACUUCAGCUCUACAGGCCACGUACCGUUCUCCUGCUGCGGGCAGGGUCCCCUAGACUCCCUUCAUCAGCCGUACGCCGGCGACUGUAGCGCCCUCUACCAGCGCGGCUGCGCCAAGCCGCUGCACAAGUACGCCAAGGAACAGCUGCUGUUAGUGGCCAUGGUGGCGCUGGCGGCUUCUGUGUUGCAGAGCACCGGCAUAUUCUGCACGUUCUUCCUGGCUCACUCCAUCACCAAGAGACGGAGGGCUUCCAUGAGGAACUCCACGCUGCGGGAGUCCACCUUCGCCAGCCCCGAUGACUCGCUGCUGGCCGCGCCCACCGCGCCCAGCGCCACCCUGCCCAAGUAUUAGACCGGAGAUCAGCGAUUCCUGAACGCUUAC